UCCGCGACGACUACAGCGUUUGAGGAGGAGCCUGCGGCGACGGCGGCAGCGGUAGCUCCGUGUCCCCGCGGCCCGAGGGAGGGAGGCCGGGGCGGAGGCCGAGGGAGCAGCGGGCAGCGCUCGGGCGAGCGGGCUGGCGGGCGAGCCAUGUGGUUCAUGUACGUGUUGAGCUGGCUGUCGCUGCUUAUCCAAGUGGCCUUCGUCACCUUGGCCAUUGCUGCUGGACUCUACUACUUGGCCGAGCUGAUAGAAGAAUACACAGUGGCCACCAGUCGAAUCAUCAAAUACAUGAUCUGGUUUUCCACAGCUGUGCUGGUCGGCCUCUACGUCUUUGAGCGCUUCCCCAGCUUCCUGAUCGGCAUGGGCCUCUUCACCAACCUCGUCUACUUUGGCCUCCUUCAGACGUUCCCUUUCAUCAUGCUGACCUCGCCCAACUUCAUCCUUUCUUGUGUGCUGGUUGUGGUCAAUCACUACUUAGCGUUCCAGUAUUUUGCAGAGGAAUAUUACCCCUUCUCAGAGGUCCUGGCCUACUUCACCUUCUGCCUCUGGUUAAUCCCAUUUGCCUUCUUUGUGUCGCUGUCCGCCGGGGAGAAUGUCCUGCCCUCCACUGUGCAGCCUGGAGGUGAGAAGGGGCUGUGGGGGUGGCAGGAGCUGGGGAGCCUCCGGGAGCCUCCGUGGGCCCCAGGGCAGAGAUGGCCCCCUGAUUGGCCUGUGCCUCCGCAGAUGAUGUGGUCUCCAACUACUUCACCAAAGGCAAGCGAGGCAAACGUUCUGGGAUCCUGGUUAUCUUCUCCUUCAUCAAAGAAGCCAUCCUGCCCAGCCGGCAGAAGAUAUACUGACCCCUCGGGGAGGGGGCCCAGGGGUGAGGAGGAGGGUGCUGAGCCUGGGAUUGGGCCUUCCAUUGUCGUCGUGGUCAUCGAGGAAGCCUGGGGGACUCUCCCCCACCCGGGCCCUCUCCCCCGUGUGCCCACACCUGAGGGGUCUCGGUUAGGACUGGAGAAAGCGAAGGCCACGCGAUGUGCCCUGGACUUGCUUCCCGAGGAGUCCAGGGCUGUGGCUGGAGGCCUCCCAUCCUGAUCCCAUGCCCAUCUGGGCUUUGGCGAGCCUUCAGGCCAGGAGGCUGAAAAUUACCCCUUGUUCGGCCCUCCUGGGACCUGCAAUGGGGCUAUUGGGCCGAUCUAACCCCAAGUGGCGGCUCUGCCAGAGGGGCGGCAGAGGGGGGCUUCCUUCUUCUAGAGGACCCUGCGGGCGAGCCAAGACUUGGCGCAUUUCCAAAGGAAAUAGCUUUUUGGUGUUGAACUGUGAUUUCUGGCAAAGUACAAAACCCGUUUGAAUAAAGAUUCAAGGUGGCAUUUUUUUCCUUAA